AUGGAAAUCCUAAAACCUGACCAAUUCAUGUUUACCAAACACGAGAUCGCCGAAGGUCUCAAUGUGGCAAUUUCUCUUGAGCAAGCAGGCCCACUUCUUCAAUCCUGGUUGUGGUUCGGGACAAUCACGAAAUCGUUUGGUCUGCGACUCAACACAGCUUCAAUCCACCGUUACCUGUGGUAUUGGCUGGCGGCAGAGUCUCGCGCCCACGAGGAAGAGCGAAUUCGACAUUAUCAAAUUGUCAACGACUGCUUGGAGACUGUCCAUAGAGUCUUGCCAAUGCAAACCGAUAUUGGCGACCGACACCGAGGAGGUCGAGCUGUGGAGGAUGUCUCCAUGAUAGACUCAUUCUUGGUGGACGACGACGACGACGACGACAACACCUUGCUGGCCAUUUCGGCGCUGGCGGAAAUGCUCGAUCUCACGCAGGAAGAAAUCAAUGCUGGCAUUGGUGGCACCCGGAGUCACAAUUGGAUCGAAACACUCAACGUACGUGCAUGGCUCCUCCAAGCUGGCUGGUGCAUCAACGAAGUAGCCACUGUCAUCAAUCGACUCGAAGGUUCUUACGUCAAUCUCCUGGUUUAUCUCGCCCGGAUGGACCGCUCGCCUCUUUCAAGGCAUCACGACCGCUGUAGAAUAGCAGAGUGUGUCUACUCCAAAAUCGACUACACAACAUAUCGUCCUGCACAUGUUUUGGAUGGAUGUCUUUGUUCUCUAGUCACCUUUGCGUAUCCGGAUGCCAAAUUUGUUGACACCCUACUGCACCGAGGGACACUUCCCAUUGUCACCUAUUCGACUUCCGGCAGAUCCCCCAAUCGACUGCUGGUGCGCAGACCUGAGUCCAGUGAUGACUCCAACUGCAUAUCUUACGUCGCAAUAUCUCAUGUCUGGUCCGAUCGAUUGGGAAAUCUGCGUGAAAACGCCCUUUCCUCCUGUCAGCUCCAAAGAAUCCAGGCUCAAGUGAACUCACUGUCUCCCAGUCGAAAUGGAGAUGUACCUUUCUGGAUCGACACGCUCUGUGUGCCUCGAGAGCUUACAACAAGAGGACUCGCGAUCCGAAGUAUGAGAAAGGUUUACAGCGAAGCAGAAAAGGUCCUAGUCCUUGAUUCUACUUUGUAG